GCAUUUAAAAAUUAAAAACACUGUGUUGUAAUGAUAAUACGAAGAAAACUUAUUUUUCUAUCACUUAUAGUCAUUUGUAUUGGCUAUAUAAUCCAGUGUUUUUUCAAUAAUUCCAAUGAUCCAUGUAUUUAUCAAGUGAAUCCAUCGAUAGAAUUCAAUGAUCAAUUGAUUGUAAAUAAACAAUAUGGACAAUUGGAAAAAAUCAAGUUGAUCAAUUAUACUGGUCCUGAAAGUUUAAUUUAUCAUGAUGGUUCAUUGUUUACCACAGUAAUUCAAGGGAAAAUAUUGCGAAUAAAUGAUUCUGGAAUUUAUACUCAUGCAACAAUUGGUUCGCCAAAUUGCAAUGGCAUACAUGAAUGUGGUCGACCGUUAGGUUUAAAAUUGUUUAAUAAUUCAGAGAAUUUCUUAGUGACUGAUGCUUAUUUAGGUGUAUUAUCGGUCUCUGUAAAAGAUGGUAGUGUAAAAAAAUUAUUCCCUUUGGAUGAAAAUUUCAAAGUUACAUUUUUUGAUGAUUCUGUUAUUUUACCAAAUGGUAGUCUUGUCAUUACAGAAGCUAGUACAAAAUACGCUCUACAUCAUUUAUGGUCAACCCUUUUAGAAGGACUACCUAGUGGAAGAUUAACAAUGGUCGACACAAAAACUAAUCAAUACAGUCACAUAAUAGAUGGUUUACGCUUUCCCAAUGGAAUUGAACUUCAUAGCGAUGGCAAAUCCAUGUUACUUGUUGAAACAUUGAAACUUCGUGUAUUACGAAUUUCAUUAGAUAAAGGUGAAGUUACUGUGUUCAGUGAUGGCUUACCCGGUUAUCCGGACAAUAUCAAAGCUAGUCCACGUGGUGGUUAUUGGGUCCCUGUAUCGAAUCUUCGCGAUGAACCUCUAUCUGUAUUUUUAUUAAAAUAUCUACCAGUUUAUCCUCGUAUUCGUUGGUUAGCUUCUAAAAUUAUUUCCAUGCUUCCAUUCACACUUGUACCUAAAGGAAAAUCAUCAAUGUUAAUUCGUUUAGAUGAAAAUGGAAAAAUAGUGGAAAUUUGGAAAGAUUUUCACAAUGAAUUGCCAAAUGCUUGUGAAGUAUUAGAAUGUAAUGAUACUUUAUAUACUGGAAGCUUUUACUUACCUUAUAUUGGUCGUUUAAAAAGAUUACCAAGUGAGAUUUCGUAAAAUUGGGAAAUCAUCAAUUCAAAAGAUGAAUACUAUGUAACUCGGUCAAUAUAAUUAUUGAAUUAAUUGAUUUAAUGUCCAUCUUAGCAGGUACUUUCUACACUUUUAUUCGACUAAACUUUUCCUUUCAAAGAAAAGUAAAUUAAUGUAUCUAUUUAUGUUGUUUUCUUAUUUAUCUCUUUUGUGAGUAGUUUAACUUAACUAUUUUUUAAUAAAUAAUUAUUCUGCACAAAACUUUAACUGUAUGAAUGGUUAAUCUGUAAUACAUGUGACACACGAUAACAAUAAAACCAUUUUUAUUUAUUUAAUUGGUCAAGAUUUUUUCAAUUAUUUGUUUAUAUCAGUUAGUCAAAAUUGUUGAUUAAUAUCA